UGGCGGCCCGUGGUGCUCUCGCUCGCCUUCCUCGCCUGGCAGCUGCCGCCCGCUCGGUGCACUCGUCGGCGGCGGCCUCGUCGUCGUCGGUGCUGCUCCCCAAGGCUGCAUCGCCGCGGUCGAUUGCCCAGGAGGCUGCUCGUCUCUCGGCUUCGGCCUCGGGUGCCAGUGGCAGCGCCUCGCCUUCCUCUUCUUCGGGACAGGUCCGAUAUGCGAGCUCGAAGCAGGGAACAGAGAUGACGGUCAGGGACGCGCUCAACAGCGCAAUGGAGGAGGAGAUGCUGAGGGAUGACAAGGUCUUCAUCCUCGGUGAAGAGGUGGCCAGGUACAACGGAGCUUACAAGAUCACAAAGGGCCUGCUGGACAAGUUCGGAGAGCGCAGGGUCAUCGACACGCCCAUCACCGAGGCCGGCUUCACUGGUCUGGCUGUGGGCGCCGCACUGAGCGGACUGAGGCCCGUUUGCGAGUUCAUGACCUUCAACUUCGCCAUGCAGUCGAUUGACCAAAUCAUCAACUCGGGCGGCAAGACGUACUACAUGUCGGGAGGAAACGUACCCUGCCCCGUCGUCUUUCGUGGCCCCAACGGUGCCGCUGCCGGUGUGGGUGCCCAGCACUCGCAAGACUACUCUGCGUGGUACGGCCAGAUUCCCGGGCUAAAGGUCAUCAGCCCCUGGAGCGCUGAGGACUGCCGCGGCCUGCUCAAGGCUGCGAUCCGGGACCCCAACCCUGUCGUGUUCCUCGAGAACGAGAUCCUGUACGGCCAGUCGUUCCCCGUCAGUGCCGAGGCCAUGUCGGACGACUUUGUGCUGCCGAUUGGCAAGGCCAAGGUCGAGCGAGAGGGCAAGGACAUCACCAUCGUCUCGCACACCCUCGGCUUGAACCACUCGAUGGCCGCCGCCGAGCAGCUCAAGAAGGACGAGGGCGUCGAGGCCGAGGUCAUCAACCUCCGCUCGAUCCGGCCGCUGGACAUCGAGACGAUCAUCAAGAGCGUCAAGAAGACGAACCGGCUCGUCACCGUCGAGGGCGGCUUCCCGGCCUUUGGCGUCGGCAGCGAGAUCUGCGCCCAGAUCAUGGAGAGCGACGCCUUUGACCACCUCGACGCACCCGUCGAGAGGGUCACGGGCGCCGACGUGCCCACGCCCUACGCCAAGAACCUCGAGGACCUCUCCUUCCCCACGCCCGAGGUCGUCGUUAAGGUUUGCAAGCGUGCGUUGUACAGGAGCUGAACGUCAAAAAGUGCAGAAAGGGCCAACGAGGGGAUCACCUCUCAUGAAUAGAUUUGUUGACACUUUGUCAUGCUUCUUUUGGGUGUGUCUCAUUCCAUGGCAAGAAACAGAAAGCAGGGCAGAUAAGAUUACUUGUUGAGGAACUUGGCGUGCCAGGCGACAUGCUCGGGGGCAUACGUCGAGAUGAAGUAGUCUUUGUGACAGUAUUCCAUCAGCAUUUCUUGUCUGUACAAGAGCAAAGCGAGCAAACUCUUCACUCACAGCUGU